UUUUUUUUUUAUUCCUCAGUUGUUCUGCUUUCUAGUAGUUUCUUCCUUUUCUCCUCUUCACAUUCUUUCUCUUUUCUCUCCUUCCUCUCUUUUUUUUCUUUUCUUUUUUUUUAAUUCAUAUUCUUCUGUCUCUGCUGUGUGAGAAGUGUGCCAGGAAAAAAGGCUGGCAAGCGCACUCAAUCUUUAACAUUUCACUUUCUUUUUCAAAUAAAGUCAUUCGAAAUGAACUCUUCCUUUCCCAUCAAUUCCCGAGCAAACCGCAGGCGUGCCUCCAGUUUGGAAAAUCCAACGACACCAUUGCUCGGGUCGAUACCCCAACGCAAGUCUGAUAGAAGAGAACGAGACGAAGCAGCUCAACGGAUCUAUCGCAUGCACGUGGUCUCACCUCCUCAAUGCAUGAUUGUCUAUCUCAUUCUCGCCAUCUUCUAUCUCAGUAUCAUUGGCAUAGUUUAUCUGGCAAGAAAACCAAAUGCUUUUGUACCGACCUUGCCGGAUAUGACCUCUGGUCAGACCAGUCCAGAACAAUUUAAUCCAUUCACAGCAUUUGAACACCUCCAAGCCAUCACAACAGCACCUCACCCUUUUAAUUCGCGUGUCAACACUGAUAUCACUCGAAAAUACAUUCGGGAUCAAUUAAAAGCAUUACAGGCUGAAGCGAUUGCAUUGGGACGUCGCAAUGUACGAUAUGACGACGAUACGGAUGAUGCGGUCUACACACGACUGUCGAACUGGAAAUUUGGAGGAGAGGAGUCUGAUAUUCCUACUGAAGGGAAGGAUGUGGUGCAAGGAGAUAAUAUUGUCAUGUGGGUGGGUGGUGUUGCACGAUCAAUGGAGGGAGAUGUUCCUGUCGAUAUUGAGAUUGAUAUAGAUCAAGAGAGCCAAAGAGCACUGCUAGUUUCAGCACACUAUGAUAGCGUCUCGACUACCUAUGGACAAACAGAUAAUGGUGGAGGAGUUGCAGUAGCGUUGGCCUUGAUCCGUCACUUUAUUCAUCAUCCUGUCCAACAUACAUUGAUCUUCAACUUGAACAACGCUGAAGAGGAUGGGCUCUAUGGUGCGGCAACAUUUAUGGGGGCUCCUCCUAACAGCACUACACAAACAGGCAAUGGCCAUCGCUGGAAAAAGUAUGUCCGAGCCUUUGUGAAUUUGGAGGGCGCUGGAUCUGGUGGCCCGUCUUUGCUUUUCAGAGCUACAAACCACGACAUUGUCCGUCAUUAUGCGGAAAAUGCACCAUACCCACAUGCAUCUGUCUUUACAAAUGAUAUGUUCAAAUUUGGUUUCGUCCGCAGCAAUACGGACUAUGUCAUCUACGCUGAGCAUGGUCUGCCUGGCCUUGAUAUCGCAUUUUAUCAACGCAGAUCUAUGUAUCACUCUACUACGGACACAUUGCCGAUUGAAUCUUUAUACCAUAUGGGAGCUAAUGUACAGGCGACUGUUAUGGGUCUUUGCAACAGUGAUUAUCUUAGUUCACUUCCUCCAGUAGUAGAGUCCUUCAAAGACCCCUCGUCCCAGCCUCGCUCUUGGCUUUACGGGAAGAGCGUCUUUUACGAUGUUUUGGGGAAACAAAUGUUUUUUGCGGAGCUUUGGACGACUCUUUUAAUGAAUGCACUUGUUCUUGGAUUCGGCCUCCCAGUACUUACAUUGACAUUUAUCUACGUGGGUAAAGCCAUCAACGCACGCCGGAGUGACAGCACUACUUCGCCUCAAUCAGCAGAGACAAACCAGACUCGAUCUCUUCGCAGCGCCUUGGGUCCUUCGUCUAUGUCUAUUUCUGGCAACUCUGACGAUGGUUACAACUCCAUUUCCGCUCGAACAGGCAAUUUCCGACAGCAUGGGCGAAUCCCUGACUUGACUGAAGGCAAUUUCCCUAAUCAGCCCAAAAAGGCUAAUGUCAUUCGAGCCACGGCAUUGAUAACAUUUAUUGUAGCACUUGAUAUAACAGCUGCUUAUGCAGCUUCAAAAUGGCAAUGGCUAGUCAAUCCCUUCGUACGAAACGCACAUCCUUGGGUGGUACUUGCGGGACUUGGGGGCCUUCUCACGUUCAUCAACACAAUCACAGUGUAUCUAGCAACUGCGAUUGAAGCAUGGAUAUACGGCCCUGUCCCAAUCGUAAAAGGGGCUACUCAAUGGACGCUUGCAAUCGGUGUAUGGUGGUGGAUUAUCGUGCUUAUCAUUGGGGUAGGCUUAGCUGGUUGGUUUGCAUUGGGCGCAUUGUACGUAAUUGCGGCUCUGUCUGUAUUCUCUGCAGCUGCAGCUUUGAUUCAGCUCGCUCUUGGGUAUUUCAAUCGGAACGAAGGAAUGGACGGUACGAGGUUUGGAUGGGUUCUUGUGUUGGCGGCAAGUUUAUUGGUACCAGGGACUCUCGUUCUCGAUCUACUUGUGAUCGUUGUGCGUGUUACCUAUCAGAGCAUGGUUGUUGAUGACUUUGGAAUAAGGUUUAUGGUAUUUUGCUGAUACCUUUUGUGUUGCCAGCUAUACCAGUUAUUUCCCGUGCAAGGAACUUCAAGAAGGUUCUAGUCAUAGAGCUAGCUAUAUUGGCGCUGUUUGCCUUUUACCUUUCACAGGCGGAUCAAUAUACUUCAGAAGCACCAACAAGUCUCUAUUUCCUUCAGAAAUACAAUCAAACUGCCCGUACAUCAACUAUUAACUUGGUAACAGAGG